CCGAACUUUCACCACAAUCUGCUUCAGCAAGUGCUUGGUGUGUUUGUACAUCUGAUGGAAGGCACCACAUCGUCGUCGGCCAUUUGUGUGUACCACCGCAUUUUUGUGUCUGCACAGCCUCACAAUUAAGAAUGCCUCAGGUGAUUCUCGAUGCCCACAUUCAUCUGUGGCCAAGUUCUGCGGCCAAUGAGGCUUCUCACAGCUGGAUGGUGCCUGGCGGCCACUUGACGAAACAAUACUCUCUAGGCGACUAUCUUGAAGCCGUAGCCCCCGCCGCUUCAGACUUUACGCACUCCGGGUUCGUGUACGUUGAAACGGACCGAACGGUCGGGUCCAAGGUGACCGAUGACCUGACCGUACAGGCAGCAGAGCCUUUGAAAGAAAUUGAAUUCCUAAGAAGCAUAGUCGAGGGAACUGCGGAGGACGGGCACGCAUUUCGCGCGCAAGAUGCUACUCUUUUGCGAGGCAUCGUGGCAUGGGCCCCACUGAAUCGACCUCUUCCUGACUUCUUGAGAUACAUGGAAAUCGCGCGUGAGACUGCAGGCGAAGCGACUUGGAGCAAAAUAAAAGGGUUUCGAUUCCUUCUACAAGGGAUUGUAAAUGAGGACGAAUUUAAGCAGCUGGUCGACCCCUCCGAGUCGUCAUUUGUCACUUUGUUGAAAUUUCUAGGCAGUCAGAAUCUGUCUUUCGACGUGGGCGUGGAUCAGAGACAGGGAGGGGUUUGGCAACUGGAACGAUUUGCAGCUGUCAUCGAGCUUGCACACAAGGAUGUUGCGACGGAGAACAAAACCAUAUUCAUCCUCAAUCAUCUUUGCAAGCCAGAUAUGGAGCAGCCGCCGACGACGGAUGCGCGCACGAACCAGAACUUCGAGCGCUGGAAGAUUGCCAUCUCACGCAUGGCCAAGCAAGAAAGGGUUUACAUGAAGCUGUCUGGCGCAUUCUCGGAGAUUGCGGAUCAAACAACUGAAUCCCCCAUGCCCGUCAGUGAGGUAGUGGAACGAAUGAAGCCGUGGCUAGAUCAGGUCUUUGCGGAAUUCGGACCACGGAGAAUAAUGUUCGGAAGCGACUGGCCUGUGUGCAACGUGAGAGGACCAGGGGAUUCGAAGUCAUGGAGUCACUGGGUCAAGGUGGUCGAUCAGGUCUUGCGAUCACGACGGCUGUUGGACGAUGAAAUGAACAGGGUAUGGCAUGGAACAGCUGAGGAGGCAUAUAGGUUAAACUGAACGAGUUCGAAAGUUUCCCAAUUUUUCCUUGAACUCAUUGUAAAUUGACAAACAAGCCACCGUCAACGAGUAGCUGCGCACCGGUCUAGGAUGGGAACUUAGCAUGUCAAAAGUAGACGUACGAGGCAGAGGUGUGCGCACCACAUAUUCGCUCAGGUCGCUCGCAAG